UCCAAAACCCGCGAGAGCUGUGGCAGCUUUCUGAAGUCUCGCGGCUCUCACGUAAAACCUCACUCGUCAAGAUAUUAAAAUCCACGAUUAUUUAAAUUAUUCGUCUUUUAGCGGAAUAAACCCGGAAGGAGAGGAUAGAAACAGCGGGAGUUCGGCUCGGUUCGGAUGUUUAAUAGUGCUUUCUGUCCUGUAACCGGUUCAGAGGUGCAACAGGAUGUCCGACAGCGAGGACAGCGACUUUUCUGACAACCAGAGCGAGCGGAGCAGCGAUGGGGAGGCCGAGGAGGUGGAUGAGAAUGAGGAGGAGCCAGCCAGCCCUGUCGGCAGCGAUAAAGUAGCUGAUGAGGAGGGGGAGGACCUGGAUGAUGAUGAGGAGGAGUAUGAUGAAGAGGAGGACGAGGAAGACGACGACCGGCCGAGGAAGAAGCCGAAACACGGAGGGUUCAUCCUGGACGAAGCCGAUGUGGACGAUGAAGAUGAGGAUGAGGAUCGGUGGUCGGAAGGAGGAGAGGACAUUCUGGAGAAAGCCAACGAAGAGGCUGAAGCUUCCAACCUGGACCACGUGGUUCUGGAUGAAGACCAUUCUGGAUCCAGGCGGCUGCAGAACCUCUGGAGGGACUCCAGGGAGGAGGCGCUGGGCGAAUACUACAUGAGGAAAUACGCCAAGUCCUCUGUGGGAGAGCAUUACGCCGGAGGUCCAGAGGAGCUUUCUGAUGACAUCACCCAGCAGCAGCUACUUCCUGGAGUCAAGGACCCAAACCUGUGGACUGUGAAGUGUAAGAUUGGCGAGGAGAGGGCUACCGCCAUCGCUCUGAUGAGGAAGUUCAUCGCCUACCAGUUCACUGACACGCCUCUCCAGAUCAAGUCGGUGGUGGCGCCCGACCACGUCAAAGGCUACAUCUACGUGGAGUCUUACAAGCAGACGCACGUGAAGGCCGCCAUCGAGGGCAUCGGCAACCUGCGCAUGGGCCUGUGGAACCAGCAGAUGGUUCCCAUCAAGGAGAUGACCGACGUCCUGAAGGUCGUCAAGGAGGUCACCAACCUGAAGCCCAAGAGCUGGGUCCGGCUCAAGAGAGGCCUGUACAAGGACGACAUCGCCCAGGUGGACUACGUGGAGCCCAGUCAGAACACCAUCUCCCUGAAGAUGAUUCCCCGCAUUGACCUGGACCGGAUCAAGGCCAAGAUGAGUCUGAAGGACUGGUUCGCCAAAAGGAAGAAGUUCAAGAGGCCUGCGCAGCGCCUGUUUGAUGCCGAGAAGAUCAGGUCUCUGGGUGGGGAGGUCAGCCAUGAUGGAGACUUCAUGAUCUUUGAGGGGAACCGCUACAGCCGCAAAGGGUUCCUGUUCAAAAGCUUCGCCAUGUCCGCCGUGAUCACAGACGGAGUGAAGCCCACGCUGUCUGAGCUGGAGAAGUUUGAAGACCAGCCAGAGGGAAUCGACCUGGAAGUGGUCACGGAGUCGGGUAAGGAGCGUGAACACAACCUGCAGGCCGGGGACAACGUGGAGGUGUGUGAGGGAGAGUUGAUCAACCUGCAGGGGAAGAUCCUGAGCGUGGACGGCAACAAGAUCACCAUCAUGCCCAAACACGAAGACCUGAAGGACCCGCUGGAGUUCCCUGCCCACGAGCUCAGGAAGUACUUCCGGAUGGGCGACCACGUGAAGGUCAUCGCUGGGCGCUACGAGGGCGACACCGGCCUCAUCGUCAGAGUGGAGGAGAACUUCGUCAUCCUCUUCUCGGACCUCACCAUGCACGAGCUGAAGGUGCUGCCCAGAGACCUGCAGCUUUGCUCGGAGACGGCUUCGGGCGUGGAUGUCGGGGGGCAGCAUGAGUGGGGUGAGCUGGUGCAGCUGGACCCGCAGACGGUGGGCGUCAUCGUCCGGCUAGAGAGGGAGACGUUCCAGGUUCUGAACAUGCACGGGAAGGUUCUGACGGUGCGCCACCAGGCGGUGAACCGCAGGAAGGACAACCGCUUCGCCGUGGCACUGGACUCUGAGCAGAACAACAUCCACGUCAAGGACAUCGUGAAGGUCAUCGACGGGCCGCACUCGGGUCGUGAAGGGGAGAUCCGCCAUCUGUUCCGCGGCUUCGCCUUCCUGCACUGCAAGAAGCUGGUGGAGAACGGAGGGAUGUUCGUCUGUAAGACCAGACACCUGGUUCUGGCCGGAGGCUCCAAGCCGAGAGACGUGACCAACUUCACGGUGGGGGGGUUCGCCCCGAUGAGCCCCCGGAUCAGCAGCCCCAUGCACCACGGCGGGGGAGGCGCUCAGCAGAGAGGCGGCGGUGGCGGCGGAGGGUUUGGGCGUGGCCGGGGACGCAGAGACAACGAGCUGAUUGGUCAGACGGUGCGGAUCUCCCAGGGUCCUUACAAAGGAUACAUCGGCGUGGUGAAGGACGCGACGGAGUCCACGGCCCGCGUGGAGCUGCACUCCACCUGCCAGACCAUCUCUGUGGACCGCCAGAGGCUGACCACCAUGGGAGCGAAGAGGCACACCGGGUCGACCUCGGCCCACGGUCGCACCCCCAUGUUCGGCUCCCAGACCCCCAUGUACGGCGCCGGAUCCAGGACGCCCAUCUAUGGCUCGCAGACCCCCAUGCACGACGGAAGCCGGACGCCUCACUACGGCUCCCAGACCCCGCUGCAUGAUGGGAGCAGGACUCCUGGUCAGAGCGGCGCCUGGGACCCCAGCAACCCCAACACACCUUCCAGGAACGACGAAGAAUAUGACUUCGGCUUCGACGACGAGCCGUCGCCGUCGCCCCAGGGCUACGGCGGAACCCCCAACCCCCAGACGCCGGGCUACCCAGAGGUCCCCUCCCCUCAGGUUAACCCCCAGUACAACCCGCAGACCCCGGGAACACCGGCCAUGUACAACCCGGAGCAGUACUCGCCGUACGCGGCGCCGUCGCCGCAGGGCUCCUACCAGCCCAGCCCCAGUCCCCAGAGCUACCACCAGGUGGCGCCCUCUCCUGUCGGCUUCCAGAACACACACUCCCCGGCCAGCUACCACCCCACCCCCUCCCCCAUGGCCUACCAGGCCAGCCCGAGCCCCAGCCCAGUGGGCUACAGCCCCAUGACGCCCGGAGCGCCCUCUCCUGGAGGAUACAACCCCCACACUCCCGGAUCCAACAUCGAGCAAGGCAGCGGCGACUGGGUGACCACCGACAUCCUGGUCCGGGUCAAAGACUCCUUCAUGGACCUGAUGGGACAGGUCGGAGUUAUCCGGAGCGUCACGGGUGGGAUGUGCUCCGUGUUCAUGCAGGACUCUGAGAAGGUGGUGAGCGUCAGCAGCGACCAUCUGGAGCCCGUCACCCCGACCAAGAACAACAAGGUGAAGGUGAUCCUGGGGGAGGACCGCGAGGCCACAGGGAUCCUGCUGAGCAUCGACGGAGACGACGGCAUCGUCCGCAUGGAGCUGGACGACCAGCUGAAGAUUCUCAACCUGCGGUUCCUGGGCCGCCUGGAGCACUGAGGGCCGCCGGCCCCGGACGCUCCGCUCUCGUUCUGUUCUGCUUUUAGUGCUUUCAUGAUCUGUCAGGUCUUUGAUUUCUGGAUCCCAACCAAACGUGUCACAUCAAUAAACUGUGAACUGGUCCGGCUUCCUCUGCUUCCUGAUCCAGGAUCUCCAGGUUUUCCAGGAGAUCCACAGCUUCAUGCUGGAGAACCACAGAAGCUGGUCUGCUCCUGUAGUUCCCACCUGGGGAACUUCCUAUCAGUGUCCAGGUGUUCCCUGGUCAGAAGGGAUUUACAUUCAUGUGAAAAAGUUAGCACAGGUCAGAUAUUCAGUUUAUUAAUAAAUAUUCACAUGUUGACGUC